AUGUUCUGUGAAAUACCGGAUUUAGGUCGAUGCUGCCUUUGCUUGCCUUUGAGGCAAGGUAUUUUGGCGUUUGGAUAUAUUAAUGUUUUAUUUUCGGUGUUCAUGACUGGAGUGUACAGUUAUACGAUACACAGUGGAUUUAAUGAAACUAUGUUAAUGUAUCACGGUUCGUUGAUGCAAGUGGAUGAUGAGAUCUGUCUUGUUUUCUACAUUUUCGACUUUCUUUUUGCGUUGGUACUUGUCUAUGGUGGACAUACGAAAAACACCAGACUACUAAAAGUGUUCUACUACUACGCGAUGACAACACUGCUUACUACUAUUAUAUUACAAAUUAAUGGUGUCUUUUCAUCCUAUUAUCCAGUCAGCUUCAUAUUGGAGACGUUUGGAUUAUUUCUUUUUUGGACUUUAAAAAACUCUCAACCAUCAGCCCUGCGAAUCUGUCUUCACCUUUACUUGAUAUUCCUGGUGAGAAGCCUCCUCAAGAAAUUGGAGAUAUCUGGUCAGUCAUACGAAAAUCAGCUGCAUCAAAUCGUCAAUGGCGAAAUUAAAGUGGAUACCAACGGCGUAUACCCAAGCACUGUUCUAUCACACGAGACUGAAUAA